AUGGACCACCACCAGCAGCCACAGCCACAACAACAACAACAACAACAGCGAGAAGCACAGAGCGAGCACAGUGGGAACUCAGCGCCACCUCAGCAGCAGGAGCAGCAGGAGCAGCAGGAGCAGCCGGCGCAGAGGGUGCACACGCCACGUGCAAGCGUCACUGACAUGCACACCAAGCGGUCAUUUGCUUGUGGCAUUGAUAUUGGAGGCACCCUGUGCAAGAUUUGCUACUUUGAGCCCUUUGAGCAGGAGGAUGACCCGGAGGACUGGCGGGAGUUCCGCCGCAAGGCCCAGGCGCUGAUUCAGGACGAGCUCACCUAUGGUGAGACAGGCCGGCGCGACACCCACCUCGAGUUUGAGAGCAUACGCCUCGGCGGGCGCAUCUUGUUCAUGCGCUUCGAAACCCGCAAGAUGGACGACUUCCUUGAGGCCAUUCGCAGCAUGCACUUGCUCGAGGACCACGAGCACAUCCUCUGCUGCACUGGCGGCGGCGCCCGCAAGUACAAGAAGCCCAUCUACGACCUCUUCCACAUCGAGCUGCCACACACCGACGAACUGGAGUGUCUUGUGGACGGCAUCAACUUUGUGCUCCACCACCCAUCCCCACAGCUCUUCCAAGUCAGCCACGAGCAAAUGUGCCCUGACGGCACUGCAGUUCGAAGCUACCUCAGCUUGGACGAACAAAAGAGCAUCUUCCCUUACCUCCUCGUCAACAUUGGCAGUGGUGUGAGCAUCUUGAAAGUGAACGAAGACGGCCAGAACGAGCGUGUUGGCGGCUCAUCCCUUGGGGGCGCAACCUUCUUUGGCCUCGCAUCGCUGCUCACGGGAUGCAAGUCGUUUGACGAAGCACUGGCGCUGGCUGGCGAGGGCGAAGCCUCUGGUGUCGAUCUUCUCGUCGGUGACAUUUACGGCGGCGAUUACGAGGAGUACGGCCUCUCUGCAGACAUUGUUGCUGCGAGUCUUGGCAAGUUGGUUCGGCCAAAGGACCGCGAGCACGCGCGCCCGUGUGAUCUCGCAAGGGGCCUCCUCGACGCCAUCACCAACAACGUGGGCCAACUGGCGCUACUGCACGCGCAAACGCAUGACGUGUGCCACGUUGUCUUUGCCGGAAACUUUCUCCGCAGCAACUGCAUCUCAAUGAUGCGGCUGUCGUACGCGUUGGAGUUUUGGUCGAAAGGAGUGCAGCGGGCGCUGUUUCUGAAGCACGAGGGCUACUUUGGUGCUGUUGGUGCAAUGCUGCACAUUCUCCGUGACGACACGCAUGGAGAGUGCUCGUAG